AUGAGCGCGAGGCAGAUCAGCAUUCACAGCGACUCCCAGCUCAUAGUAAACCAGAUAACGGCAGACUUCGCAGCGAAGGAUGCCUCCAUGUCAGCCUACCUAUCGGCAGCCCACCAACUACUACAAAAGUUUCAGGCCUACGAGAUACGGCAGAUCCCCAGGUCGGAAAAUAGCCAUGCCGACGCGCUCUCACGUUUGGCCUCGGCAAUAAAUGACAAGAUCGGAAGGAAGGUACCGGUGGAGAUACUAUCCCAACCAAGUACAACCGCCGCUGAGGUAUGUACCGUUCGGUACGAGGAGACCUGGAUGUCUCCAAUCUAUGCCUAUCUGACAGCCGGAACCCUUCCUGCCGAUAAGUCGCAAGCUCGGAAACUUCGCUACCGUUCGGCAAGAUACACAGUCAUCAACGACAUUCUGUACAAACGGGGCUACACGACGCCAUACUUAAAAUGCCUGACCAAAGAGCAAGGGGACUACAUCCUUCGGGAGGUCCACAGCGGAGUCUGCGGGGACCAUUCUGGCUCCCGAUCGCUCGCACACAAGGUCUUCCGGCAGGGUUAUUUCUGGCCGACUCUGCAUCAGGAUGCGAACACACUAGUCAAGAGGUGCGAUAAAUGCCAACGGUUCGGUAGCGUCCCUCACAUUCCCGCCGAGCCACUGUCACCGAUCGUGAGCCCAUGGCCGUUCCCCCAAUGGGGACUGGAUCUAAUCGGUCCGAUGCCAGAGGGCAAGGGUCAGGUAAAAUACGCUGUUGUUGCCGUAGACUACUUCACCAAAUGGGUAGAAGCCAAGGAACUGGCGACAAUAACGGCAGCCAGGGUCGAGGAUUUCGUCUGGACAAAUAUUUGCUGCCGAUUCGGCAUCCCCUACGCCAUCGUCACGGAUAACGGCAGGCAGUUUGAUUCGGAAGUCUUCAAGCAAUUCUGCAAACGACUCAAGAUCAACCUGUUCUUUGCUUCGCCAGCACACCCCCAAUCGAACGGACAGGUCGAAGCCAUGAACAAAAUUGUCAAGAAGCUGUUGAAACGGCAGCUUGACAAAGCCAAAGGGGCAUGGCCAGAAAAGCUCCCAGAAGCGCUUUGGGCCAUACGGACAUCCUACCGAACGGCAACUGGGGAAACACCAUUCUCCAUGGCUUUCGGUUCAGAGGCAGUAGUCCCCGUAGAGAUCGGAGAGCCCUCCUACCAAACGGAAACCUUCGCACCGAAGGCAAAUGAGGAAGCGCUGGCUCUGAGCCUCGACUUACUCGAAGAGCGCCGAGCACAAGCCAACCUUCGGAACGAAGCUUACAAACAACGCGUCUCCCGGUACUAUGACUCCAGGGUCAGAUCCCGCUCUUUCCGAGUCGGAGAUUGGGUCAUGCGGAAAGUCUCCUUGGCAACCAAGAAUCCCACGGAAGGAACCCUCGGACCUUCCUGGGAGGGACCCUACGAGAUCAUCGGUAUCCAGCGAUCGGGGACCUACCGACUCAGAGACUCCAAUGGAAAGACCCUCGGUCACCCUUGGAACGUAGAGCAUUUGAAGUACUACUUCAAAUGA